ACUAUCGCCUCGAAGACAUUCUCGUGGUGUGCCCAGGUUGCGACAACAAAUAAUGCAGAUGCCACCCAAACUCCUGUCGCUGGCGGAUAUGCAUUCUCUGCCCGAGAUAAUGUUGAGCUACCCAGCCCGUCUACUUUGUCAACGAUCGUUGUGCGAUCGCUCAGCUCAGCAUCUGGGUCUGCCACUGAAAGUCACAAGCCCUCACCAUCCGUUUGUGGAAAUCGAGCUGACCUAGGUAACUUCACGUUGAGUGUGAGUCCCAGCUGUUCCCUUCCCCCCUGGUGAUACUUCAUUUAUAGGCGUGACUAACUUUGAAUCAGUUUGACGAUAUUCCACCCCUUGGAGUUGGUUCCGGCGUUGAUCCUCAUGACGUUGAUCCGAUGCCACUGUUCAGCCCUUACCAUCGUUUCUAUUUCUCCCAGGGGUUCAACGUCAACCCACCACCACCUGGUCCAUUUGAUCCCUCUUCUGGAAGUCUGAUGAUCCAAUUUACGCCAUCGUCAAUUUCAAACCUGACUGAGCCAGAUCUUCCGGCGGACACAGCACAAUUCAGUGUCGGGCCUGAAACAUCCUCCAACUGCUUCUCAUUUGACUUCUACAGCUUUGACCUUGGUUGUGCUUCCACUAAGCCUUCUUGCAGCUUCAACUUCACAGGUCUACGAUUCGAUGAAGAAACUCAGCAGGAGAAGGAAGUGGCCUCGGCGACAAUUGAUGUCCCAGCAUGUGCCGAAGCGGAUCAUUGCCAGCUCACUCCUGUCGGAUUCCUAGGCUUCCACCAGCUGACAUCCGUCCAAAUCGGCAUGAAGGUGGACGGUGAAGCCAAGACUUGGUGGGCGGACGACCUCUCCCUCGGAUGGUCUGACAACGAGUGCGAGAAGGCUGUUUGCCGAUCCAAGGUCCGCGACGCUGUCCACAAACGCGAUGGUGUCUCCAAUAGCCGACGGGCAAUCUCUAGACCUUUAGACUUUGCGCUGUUCCGUGGUUGAAGAGCAGCACCAGUGUGCUAUUGGGUGGGAAUUCUGUGCACUUUAACUAAUCUGCUGCCUAUCGGGAAUUUUUCUUGAGAUGUAAUGAAGUUCUCAUUAUAGGUAAGGUUA